AUGGCGGUCACAGCAAUUUCAGAAACCUCUCAAAUCCACAGAUUCCCUCAAUACAAAUACAUCCACGCCGUCCGUUGGCUUCCGGUUCUCUCCGCAUUCAACCGCUUCGCCGUUCUCGCUUCCUCCAACUCCGAUUCCGACGUCUCUUCCAUCGAAAUCCACUCUUUCAAACCAAACCCUAUUUCCUUCGAUUUACAUUCUUCAUGGGCCUCUCCUUCCCCAAUCUUCUCUCUCAAAGCCUCGCAGUUCCUUCAGAAAUCAGUCAUCGCCGCUUCAACUUCCUCCGGCUCGCUUCACUUCUUGUUCGCCGAUUCCAGCGACAGGAUGCUUGAAUAUGAGGUUUCUGUACCGGAGCAUGAGCUUCAUUCGGUGGGGAAGUCUUGUAUUGAUUUGAUCGAUGGUGGCAUUGAGUGUGUUACCGUUGGGGAUGAUGGGAAGGUUAAUUUGGUUACGGUGGGAGAUUCUAAUUUGAAUUAUAGGAGGUUGUUUGAUAGUGAUGGGUUGGUCUCGUAUACGGCAGUGAAAUGGGCUUCGCCGGUGGAGUUUGCUACCGGGGGAUAUGGAUUUGGGCUUCAAUGGUGGGAUCAGAGGAAACCGGGUGACCCGGUUUCUCAGUUUAAGGGUAACUGGGAUACAAAAUUGACUUCUGGCAUAGUGCACUCUAUCAAUAUUCAUCCAUCAAGAAAGCAUACUUGCCUGGCUGGUGGCUCCUUAGGUACUGUUUUGGCUUGGGAUCUUAGGUGGCAACAACAACCAAUUAUACUCUCAGGAGCAGGGAAUGGGGCUGGCAACACUGCAGUCCAGUCAAUAUCUGAAAGUGAGGUUAAUUUGGUUUCGGUGGGAGAUUCUAAUUUGAAUUAUAGGAGGUUGUUUGAUAGUGAUGGGUUGGUCUCGUAUACGGCGGUGAAAUGGGCUUCGCCGGUGGAGUUUUCUACCGGGGGAUAUGGAUUUGGGCUUCAAUGGUGGGAUCAGAGGAAACCGGGUCACCCGCGUGAAAAGGAAAAAAGAGAGCCCACUCAAUCAGAAAUGUUUGUUGAAACUCGAAAAGGAAAUAAAGGAAAGGAACUGGAUGUAGAAACUGGAAAAGUAAUUUCCCAACUUCAAGAAAUGGUUGAAAAGGAGGAAAGUGAUACAGAAGCUUUUAAAGUUUUUUUUUUGGAAAGGAGUUUCCAGGCAGGUGAACAGGUCUCUACAUUAAGGGACGAGUUUCAAGAUAAGAUUGAUAGAUUGCAAAAUGCUUUUAAGACCGUAAUACAACAAUGCAAUCCUCAAAUUAAUAUAGAGUCAAUUGAAGAUUUGUUAGGAUUAUCUCAUGGAGAUGCUAAUAGUUCCCCAAAGGAUAUAAGACCACAAAUGCAUUCAUCUACAUCAACUCAUGCUCCAAGUCAUGGAAAGCAAUGUAUCAAUGAAGAUGUUGAAAAGGACGAUAUAAAUGAUGAAAUUCAAGAGGACGACAUAAAUGAUAAAAUUCAAGAGGACGACCUAAAUGAUAAAAUUCAAGAGGACGACGUAGAUGACGAAUUUCAAGAGGACGACAUAGAUCUAGAUGAUGAAUUUCAAGAGGAGGAUAUAGAUGGUGAAUUUCAAGAGGACGACGUAGAUGAAGAAUUUAUGGAGGAUGACAUAUCUAACGAAUUUCAAGAGGACGAUCUGGAUGCUUUACUCCUAGAAGACAAACUUGAAUGA